ACGAUGCAGACUUUCACUUACUAGGAUACGUGCCGUUUCAAUCUCACUAAAACGACGUGCAGCUCACUUGUCUCCAUGUUGAACGCUGUGUCGUCUCUCUCUCCCCACAAAGCCGCCAGUGUGCAAAGCGCCUCCGUUUUCAUUUUCCGGCCCCCAAAUAUUUUUAUACUUUCCCGCCUCGCCAAAUCUCUUUGUAAAUCGUUUCAUCAGCUGAUAAGCGAAUCGACACAAACCCUAAAACCGCAGAAUGUCGACGUGGCAGCUAUUACCCGAUUCAAGCGGCGACGGUUUCCGGUGGAAUGCAGCUGGCCGGAUUCUUCAGUCUGGCAAAUCCGAUUCUCCGCCAACCGCAGCUCCCCCUCUACCUUCCAUGGCGGAUCUCUUGCUCCGAGGAUGCUCGAAACUUAUAGAACCAGAGGAAUCGAAGCCAACAAUGUUCACGACUGCUCUGGGCAAAUCUGUAGCUCUUAAAGAGUCUUCGAUUUCCAGAGCCAAAUCGAUUUUAACAGAUUCAGACGAUAUCGCUCGGUUUGGUGUUCCCAACUCUUGUUUCCAGACUGCUUCUAACAAGAAGGUUAAUGUGUCUUCUGCUGGUAUGGCAAGAGCCAAGGCAUUGUUAGGACUAGAAGAAGAUGAUGAUUUUAGUGGAUUCAAACACGUGAACCACCGUUUGCCUUCUUCCCACCAGCAACAUGGGUUAACAACUCCUGAGACGUUUGGUGCUCAGAAUCGUUCUGUAACUCCAGGAGGACAUUAUGUACCUGGGAAAAGAUCUGAAAUUUUGAGUUCAUCUCCAAAGGUUCCUCAAACAAAGUUUCAAACUGCUGGUGGGAGAUCAUUGUCAGUGUCUGUGGAAGCCUUGAAUCGUGCCAGAAGCCUUCUUGGGGACCCUGAGUUAGGGCCUUUCUUUGACGAUGUACAUCACUUUGUUACACCACAGAAAGAUAAAUGGAUAGGUGGUGAUAUUGCUCAUGAGAGCAACAAGCAUACUUCAAAUAGUUUCAUAUCUCCUCUUCAAUCAUCUUCAAAGCAAUUCAGAUCAGUCAAAUUGGAGGACGUAGCUUCAGGGGUUAAUUUGAUCAACAAAUUUGAUGCGGCUGUUGAUGAGACACAUGGUAACAGGCCUUUAGCAUCUGAUAAGGCAGUUAACAAUACCAUGGGAACCGGUUUCAUUCCAAGAUCUACACAAUUUGGAAGGCAAGCUCACCAGCCACUUGUCGAUAUCACAAAUCGCAAUCAUAUAGCUCAUGCUAACAAUAGACAAGAAAGUAGCCAAAAGAAAAGACUGGGAAAGACAGUCUCCGUUCCUCCUUUUAAAAGGCCGAGAACCUCCUCCUUUAAAUCUCCUCUAAUGAAAAAUGACCAGCAUCCUUCAAAUGGUUUUUCUGUAGUAUCUUGUGAUACACAAUAUUCCAAAAGGGUGUUUUCUACAAGAACUGAAGAAAGGUCUCCAAGAAUAUAUAUCAAGGAUUAUUUUGGAAUGCGUCCAAGAGCUACGACCAAGAUGGCUGUGCCAGAACAUGUCAGAAGAAUCAAAUCAAGUAAUGCAGAGAAAUAUGUAUUUGGUGAUGUGUCUUCUUCAAGCGUGGUGGGAGCUGAAACUUUUCAUCAGAUGUUGGCAGAAUCUGGUGCUUCUUUACAAUGUGCAUCUAGAGAGUGGGUCACCAAUCACUACAGGUGGAUAGUCUGGAAACUCGCAUGCUACGAGACAUACUACCCAGCCAAAUGCAGAGGAAACUUUCUGACGAUCACCAAUGUCCUCCAGGAACUAAGAUAUAGAUAUGAGAGAGAGGUCAAUCAUGGUCACUGCUCUGCAAUAAAGAGGAUUCUGAGUGGUGAUGCUCCAGCUUCUUCAAUGAUGGUGCUCUGCAUAUCUGCUAUUAAUCCAAAGGCUCGAGAAACACAUGGUUCUGAUAGUGGCAGCAAUGUGAAAAUAGAACUCACUGAUGGGUGGUAUUCGAUAAAUGCUGCUCUGGAUGUCAUGCUGCAAAAACAGCUGAAUGCUGGAAAAUUGUUUAUCGGGCAGAAGCUUCGGAUUCUUGGGGCAGGACUUUCUGGCUGGACUACCCCAACAUCACCUCUUGAGGCAGUGAUUUCGAAUACAAUCUAUUUGUUGUUGAAUAUUAAUGGGACAUACAGAGCUCACUGGGCGGACCGACUAGGAUUCUGUAAAGAAGUUGGUGUCCCUCUGGCUCUCAACUGUAUCAAGUGCAAUGGGGGCCCUGUGCCUAAAACGUUAGCUGGAAUUACACGAAUAUACCCUAUCCUAUACAAGGAAAAGUUAGGUGAAAAGAAGUCAGUAGUUCGAUCAGAGAGGAUGGAAUGGAGAAUGAUCGAGCUGCAUAACCAGAGGCGCUCAGAUCUUAUAGAGGGUCUUAUAUGUGAGAACCAGGGAGGAAUCAAUGGUGUCGACAGCCAGAACGAUACUGACAGCAAAGAAGGAGCCAAGCUCUUUAAGCUGUUAGAGUCUGCUGCUGAACCUGAUUUCCUAAUGGCAGAUAUGAGUAUGGAAGAGUUGAACUGUUUCAACAGAUAUAAAGAAAAGUUUGAGGCGGCCAUGGAAAAAAAGAUGGAAAAAUCAGUUGCAAAAGCUCUGGAAGACGCUGGCUUAGGUGAAAGGGAUGUCACUCCAUUCAUGAGGAUUAGGCUUGUUGGACUGACGAGCUUAAGUUAUGAUGGACACCCAAAUCCAAAAGAAGCCAUUUUAACAAUCUGGAAUCCAACGGAGACACAGAGAACCGAGUUGACAGAGGGGAAAAUAUACGCAAUGAAGGGGCUAGUACCAAUGAACAUAGAUUCAGAAACACUGUACUUACAUGCCAGAGGAUCCAGCUCAAGAUUGCAGCCUUUGUCUCCAAAAGCUUCUGAAAGAUUUCAGCCCUUUUUCAACCCCCGUAAAUCGAUGUCAUUGUUGGAUCUUGGUGAAAUUCUUCUUGGAAGUGAAUUUGAUAUGGCGGCGUACGUUGUAUAUGUUGGAAAUGCGUACACGGAUGUUGACCAAAAGAAGCAGUGGGUGUUUGUUACAGAUGGAUCCUUACAAUAUUCAGAUUCAGGGAAAAUCGCAAAUAGUCUUCUCGCUAUAAGCUUCCGCACAUCAUCCAUGGAUGACCUCCACAGCCCCCUCAUUAGCCAUAAUCUUGUCGGAUCUGUGGUAGGGUUCUGCAAUCUAAUAAAAAGAGCCAAUGAUGUGGAAAACGAUAUGUGGGUUUGUGAAGCGAUGGAGAACUCGGACUACUUCUUAAACGCAGAUCCUGCUUGCCCUUCUCACCUUAAAACCAGCAGUGGCCAUAUCCAAAUAUGGGCUAACCUCUCUUUUUCUAAAUCCAUCAUCGACCAACUUCGGCAGAGAGCUCUAUUUAUUGUCGGUGCUUGUUAAUUAUAUCAUGCACAAGGCGUAUUGCAUACAUAUAUCAUAUAUUUUGGGAUAGUUAAGGCCAAUUAGAUCCGUGAGUAACGAUAAACAUAAUGAUAUUUUUAGCCCCCGUACUUGGUAAUCUCCUCAAAGACAACAUUGUAAGAAAGGUGUCGUGUGUUUGCCUUUUGAACUUUGAAUACGUCUCUCUUAGGGUAAUUUUAAUGAUUUAGGAUUCACCAAAUCCCACUAGAAUUUUGUUUUUUAAAAACUGUUUUUUUAAUUGAACUCUACAAUAGUUACACAUACUCAAAAUUACAUAACUCCAAAACAAUGUUUUUAAACUCAGACUCAACUGAUAGUUAGACUGGGUUAAAUUGUAAACUGGACAGAAUCUUGGUUGGUGGUUGCAUAAAGAUAUCGCGGUGGUCGCUUUUAUAAGAAGAUCGAUUUUCGGUGCCCUUAUGUUUGAAAGAGCGAUAUAACAACUCCAUGCUUUUCAGGACAUGAAAAAGAUAGUACUCCCUCCGUUCCCGAAAAUAAGAUGUUUUAGAUUUUUUACUUGUUCCACAAAGAUAUAUUUUCUAUAUGUUUAAGAUACUUUUUUAUACUUUUAAGAAACAUUAAAUAAAAAUAUUUGAAUUGAUUAAAUUUCAUUGGUGAAAAGUUAUUGAAAAGUGUAUAAUAAAAUAAAAUAAAAAAAUAAAUUAUAAACAUUUAUUGAAUUCUUAAUAAGCGUGAAUACUUUAGAAAAACAUUUCUAAAAAACAACCUUAAAACUUCAAACAUAAAGUUUUACUAAGAGAAAUCUCAAAACCUCUAAUUAUAAGGUUUUAUACAAUGAAACUUUAUAUUUGAGAUUUCACUAUACAAAACUUUAUAUUCGAGGUUUCAUAUUUUUUUUAGUCUAUGUAUUUAUAUCUUUAAAAAACUUUUGAUAACUUUCUUGUUUAUCAUUUUAGUCCAUACAAUUCUAUAUCUUUUAUAUAUUUAUAUAUGUUCUUAUAAAUUUAACUUUUACAUAUAAAUUUAAAUAAACAUAUAAAUGUUUAAAUAAAAAACAAAGCAUAAUAUAACGACAAGAUGCAUUAUAUUGCAUAGCAUGAUAAUUGAAGAUGAGCGAGACAUCAACGCACCGAUUAGAGAUGCAAGAGCGGUGCCGGUGCUACAAGUUGAAACGGCAAUUAACGAAAAUAUUCGGUUUCAAAACUUUUUGGCUCGUAAUCUACAAAUAGAAAAUAAAGAAGCUCAUUUAUUGCUUCGAAAUGCAUUAAUUGAUCAUAUACGAAAUGCACUAUGGGAAUAAUAAUAAUAAUAGUAAUGUAUUUUUAAGUCUUUUAUUUAUAUGUACUAUAUGCUAUUAGAAUGUAAUAGUUUAUUAAUAAAUAUUGUCUAUAAUACUUUUGAUGUAUGAUUUUAGCUGUUAUAAAAGUUUUAUGCUUUUAUUUGAUUCUUGUCUAAAGUAAGGACUAUAAUGUAAAAAUAUAAACAAAUUGAGGUUUUUUUUAAGGUUUACCAUUGGAGAAGGUCACCCCAAACCUCAAAUAUAAGGUUUAGCAAACCUCAAAUAUAAGGUUGUUCUUGCAGAUGUUCUAAUAAUAUAUAUUUUUUGGAUCAAGAACACAUUCAUCAAAUAUUAACAAGAUUUUUUUUGGGCAAUUCUCCUUAAUAGCCCCUUUUAACUUUGUAUCUCUAAAUCAGACUCUCAAACUGAAAAUAACCUAAAUAACCUUCAUCAAGUGUCAAAAGUCUACAAUGCCCUUCUUUUAAUUGUAAUUAGAUGAAACAAUUAAUAAAUUGCAACCACGAAAAAUAAACGACGACGAAGGACUCUUGAAGUCAUCUUCGACGACGAGCUCCGGCGACAAAGGAAACAAUGAUUCUCAUUGUCGACGAAGCAAGCUGUGUGAAUCUAACAUGGAUAGCAGAAUCGGAGUUACAAAUAAUGAAUUUCAGGAAACUUCGUUUACAUAUAACUUUGGCUUAAAGAGGAAGAUGAUCUCGUGACUUUACUUUUUGGUCUCUGAUGCUUUGUAGAACUCAAUUUUGAAACCGCCUCCUUCAUACGUACAGCCAGCCUUCUCUAGAAGACCGUUAUCCAAGUAGGGAAGGGCUUGGAUUUGAUCCAUCCUAACACAAACUUAAUCUGCUAAUUCUGUAAUAAUAAUAAUACAACAAGAUUUGUUCUACUAAUCUUUUUACAGAGUGAAAUUUUUUAUUCUUUUGAAUCAAA